AUGUUUGCGGGCGAUGAAUAUUCGUAUGAGAAUAGCUACCGGCGCGCAUGUGGCAAAGAUGAAGUCUUCUGCAAGAACCCAUAUUGUAUCACCUGCCGGAAUAAGGACGAAAGUAUAACUGUACAUGCUGACUGUUUCCAUCUCUUUGUGCAGCGAUGCGUUGUCAAGAACGUUGCCGAUGGGCCUGCACGAAAGAAAGAAAUCUAUAGGCGCCUUUGGCUGGCGGGAAGAAAGAGAUAUGCCUGGCGCGGGAUAAUUUCAAAAAUCAAGUUCAUGAGCAGCACCACUCUGGAAAGUCCCCCGCCAGAGACAAUCAGCGAGAUAUGUGGCUUUCGAGACGUUUUCCUGCCAGAAGUAGCUCUGUUGAUCCAGAGCCAUUCGAGAUCGCAUAUCCUCUGGAGAUACUGCUCAGUUCUUAAGCUGGUGCGAGACCUGGAAUUGGCAGAGUCGCUUGAAACUGCUACCUAUCCGCUCCGCAAAGUGCUGUCGUGGUCCCGUGGCGAGCUCCCCAAGCUUGUACAAGAUAAAAAUCUUGCUGGCCCUUUUAUUUUGCUUACACUUGAUGCCCGUGGCGUCAAGAGUAUUGAAAGGAUCCCCGAAGUUCCAACAACCACAGGCACUGAGAUACCUACCCCUUCUUUCUUAUUUGCUCUAGCGACGGUAGAGAGGCUAUCGGGUGCCAAGAUAGAAUUCGAGCUCGGAAUGUGUCAUUUCCACGUUGGACUGCAUGAUUUCGGCAUCCGGAGCUCCCCGGCGAUUUCAAACAAACACAACGACCUUUGGAGAUUGAGCCUCUCUUCUACCAACUCUGUCAGUCUGGAUCCGAACUGCUGCACGGGACUCUCCUUCUUCCUGCGCAACCACCAUAUUGUCGACAUCCAUGCGCAUUCCACGCGGCAUCCCCCUACUCAUGUCGAGAAAUUCAAGUACAUGGAAGCCAUGUUCGCUUCGGCCAGGGACGAUGGCAUCGAAUGGAUCUAUAUGCCGCUGACAGCGCAAGAUGUAAUCACCGCGAUCAGGGCCAGAAAGCAUGUGUUACCCAAGACGCCGUGCUACUUCACGUUCUAUACAAAGUCUGGAGACAAGAUUGUGGUCGGCACUCCCUAUAAAGAACGGGGUGAACACACAACAAAAAGUCUAGAGGAAGAUACGGUAUACAUACAGGAAAAAGAUGCGCGGCAACAUUUCAACCUCAUCUACCAGAUACGACCCAGCUUUAUGCCGAGUGCAAUCUACCCCGACACCGAUACUGUGGCUGACGGUGACGCCGAUAGCCAGUAUCCUGUCCCAGUUAUAGAUCCUCCGCCAACUAUAACGUCCCUUAGCCCAUACGGCCUCAAUCCCCCGCCUCCUCCCAAGGCCUUCUUCUCUUCCGCGUCUCUAGAGGGCAUUCUAGACGUGCACGUCUUCACCGUGGGCUGGAAAAAGUUGUGCAAGGGCAUACUAGUCGAGUAUGAAAACGGGUCCAAGAGAGCCUUGGGGCAGUGCCGCCUGGGCUUGGAUGAAGUCCAAAGCUGGCACAAGCCUCUCAGCAUGCAUUACAUGCCUGAGGAUUACGAACGGAAUGUUUGUGAUCUAAUCCGCGAGACCCGCACGUCUAAAAGCGCUGUGGUUACGUUUGACUCUGAGAGCAGCCACAGGUCUGAGGAUGGCUCGAUGGAGGAGAACUAUUACGAGUUGAAGGGCCGUCUUAAUUUCUGGUUUACCUUUCAUGCUAUUGAGUUACAGUUUGUAGAUGGCUAG